AUGGCAGGCACGCUGCCUCCUCUAUUCGAUAUUACCGACAGCGAUGAGGGAGGUUAUGCAGCAGUGGCGGUCUAUACCUUGCUCGUGUUGACACUCGUCAUGGUUCUCGCUCGUCUAUCGACUCGCUGGUACAUUGGGGGCGUCCUUCACUCCGACGACAUCUUGUUAGCGAUCUCAACGCUAUUCGGAAUACUACAAAGUAUAUUCGUCCAGCUCGCCAUCUCCAAUGGACUCGGGCGAAAGCUGGCUACCAUAGGAAGCGACGAACUUGUGCGCUACCUGAAGUACGAAUAUGCGGCACAGCUCCUCCUUAUCGUGACGGUUGCCUUUAGCAAGAUUUCACUGGGUUUGCUUUUCAAAAACCUGAUGACAUCGCGCCGCUACCUACGGACAAAUCAGGUCUUGAUGGGGGUCAUAAUUGCAUGGGCAGUGGCAUCGAUCUUGGCAUUGGCCCUACGAUGCUCGAUGCCAACGCCAUGGAUGUGGAACUCGCCGGAUAAAUGCAUCGAUCAGGCUGCGCUUUUCGAAGCCAUCGCUGCACUCAACAUCGUCACGGAUCUUGCGAUCGUGUUGCUUCCGUGCAUGUUGCUUCGAACUGUACAAUUGUCCCACUGGAAACGGUUCAGGAUCAUGGCACUGCUCGCGUCUCGAAUCUUGGUGUGUAUAGCAACAGGUAUUGGGAUACACUUCACUGUCAAAAUGCUCCAGUCUUCCGACAUUCCUUGGGCAAAUACCGACUCCACCAUCUGGGACCAAGUGAUGAUGAAUUUGAGUAUCAUGACUACUGCCGUGCCGGCACUCGGACGACUCGUCAUCGAACUGCAACCCAGCCUCUACGCAUUCACCAUCAAUGAGGACCCCGUAGAGUCUUCCUCGGCCGCUGACAAGUACAAGUUUUCCGCUAUGGGGAAGUCAUUCAAUCAAACCUUCCCUGCAGAGAGGGGAAAGUGCCAUAGGUCCUCCGGUCAGACAAAUGGAUGGAGAGAGUCCUUGAAGGACGAUGCUGAAAGUACAAAGGGGCUUGUGAACACCCCAAUUAUGAUCCAGCAGACGAUUCAUUUCGAGGUGCACUAG